UUUGGAGAUUACAGUGGGGCGAGUAGAGCGCGAGAGAGAGAGGUGGGCUCAGUAAUGGGGACUUACUUAAAUACCUUGCAAAUCAACCAGCAAGACACAGAGCACUCUGCUGUUUGGAUCUAACAGAUUGUAUAGUUGGCGUGUCUGCGCGUUUGGGGUCAGCAUGAGCGCGGACUGCACGAGCUACUACAACGCAGAGAAAGUGCUCGUAAACGAGUUCACGUGCCCUAAACCGGACAACGAUGCAGGAGCCCUUUUCUGCUGUGGCUUCAAUGACAUGAAAUACUGUUGUGAUGACCCAAACAGUUUUUUCCCAUACGAGUAUGGAUACAUGUGGUGGUUGAGUCUGGGAGCGCUGGUUGGCCUGUCCAUAGCAGCUGUGGUCCUGCUAGCGUUCAUCAUCACUAUCUGUGUCCUGUGCUAUCUCUUCAUCGCGACCAAACCCAGAGGCCUUGACAACGGACUGCCCCUCAUAGCACCAGGUGCUGAACCCAGUCCACGAGAGGGGCCAAGUCGGAGUCACCCCAGUAGCCCCCCUACGGGUCCCCAAGGGUUUAAGAAGCACUUCUUGAGUGGUAAACUGGACUGUGACAACCAGCCUCCAGAUCCAGACCGCCUCUUCCAGAGGUGCUUCAUGGCCACCGUCACCACCAUCAAUGUGGAGGGGUCCUCAUAGACUGGCCUAGGAUUCUCAAACCAGUAUAGACUGGGAGGAGAGGGGGAUGGCUGUGUAAGAGGAGGAGAAGAUAGGAGCAUUAAACCAGACUGACAAUGCAUCUA